AUGAAAGAUAAAAGGAACUCACGGAAGGUGAAAGUCCGUCCCACGGAAACAAAAAAGCGGAAGUUCUACGGGAAAAAAAAAAUAGACACCUUUGCCCGCCGCCUGAACUCGUCUCGCCCGCGGCCGAUCUCCUCCAUCCGCUCGCCGCGCCGCAACCCGGAGAGGAGACUGCGCUCGGUCGAGUACCACCUGGGGCCCAGCGUCCUCGCUUCCAGCUCCGGCGCGGCGUCCGCCCUCUGCAGCCCCGGUGUCCCCGCGACCGUCGCUGCUGUCCUACUUCGCCACUCUCCACCCAUGUCCUUUACUGCGGAGGAGGCCGUCGCGGGCAACCGUAGGGCACUCGAGGCCCUUCGGAAGCUCGUGGCUUAUCCUUUCCUCUACGCCCACGAGUCCCGUCUGCUCGGCCUCAAGAAGCAUUUAUGUCGAGAAGCUGCCAAGCUUGCAUAUCAUAGAAUGUUAAACAUAUCUGAGGGUGACAAAGUACUUAAACUACACAUGGAGGACUGGGAGUCUGCUAGAUCUAUGGUGGGACCAAGCAUAAUAAGAGGGGUAACCAAAGAAAUUUCAACUGUUUCAUGGGAUGAUAUAGGAGGCUUGAAAGAUCUAAAGAAAGAGCUUCAGAAAGCUGUUGAGUGGCCCAUCAAGCAUGCUGCUGCAUUUUCUAGACUUGGGAUACCACCAGUCCGGGGGGUGCUUUUGCAUGGUCCGCCAGGGUGCUCGAAGACUACCCUUGCCAAGGCUGCAGCACAUGCUUCCCAAGCUUCUUUCUUUUCUUUGAGAUUUAUAUAUUCCAAGUAUGUUGGAGAAGGUGAAGCUCUGUUAGGUAGAACAUUUCAAAAAGCACGUCUUGCUUCUCCAAGCAUUAUAUUUUUUUACGAGGCUGAUGCCAUUGCCCCCAAGAGAACUGGCCCUGUUGGGAAUUCUAGUGGCAAUGCCACAGUUGGAGAAAGACUUUUGUCGACUUUAUUGACCGAAAUGGAUGGUUUAGAACUGGCUACGGGAAUUAUCGUAUUGGGUGCUACGAAUCGCCCAAAUGCAAUUGAUGCUGCUCUUCUGCGUCCAGGACGUUUUGAUAAGGUGCUGUAUGUCCCGCCGCCAGAUGUGCAUGGGCGAUACGUGAUACUACGCAUCCAUACAUGGAAAAUGAAAUUGGGAGAGGAUGUAGAUCUUUGGGAGAUUGCGGGAGUGUACCGAGUUGUUCACUGGUGCUGA